AUAUUACAAAAAAAAAAAAAAAAAAACAUUUAAUUAAUUAUAUCCUCUAAUAAUCGUAUUUCAAGGAUUAACUAGUUAUUAGUUUAAGAUAUCUUACUGCCCGUAUCAUAUUUUAAAAAAAUAAUUGAGAAAAAUAAAAACUUAUCCCGGAUCCUUUUCAAAACUAUUAAGAUGAUGUUUAUAUAUAAAUAAAACGUAUCCCCUCAAGCCACCACAUUCUGCGUGAAAACAAGUUCGUGUGUAGCGUUUUGAAGAUGGUGAUGGAAGGUGGUGUGGUUAAGCCGGAUAAAACCGAGUUCAGUGAAUGCUAUAAGACGAUAUGGCGCGCGCCUUACAUAAUGAGGCUUGCCAUGAGUGCUGGAAUUGGUGGGCUCUUAUUUGGAUAUGAUACAGGUGUUAUUUCGGGUGCCUUGUUAUACAUCCGGGAUGAUUUUAAACAAGUUCAGAAGCAUACUUGGUUGCAGGAAAUGAUUGUUAGCAUGGCCGUAGCGGGAGCUAUAUUUGGUGCAGCAGUUGGUGGAUGGAUGAACGACAAAUUCGGGCGGAAAAAAUCAAUCAUGUCUGCAGAUGUUUUGUUCUGGAUUGGUGCAAUCAUCAUGGCUUUUGCUCCAACCCCAUGGGUCAUAAUCAUCGGUAGACUUUUCGUUGGUUUGGGUGUCGGCAUGGCUUCCAUGACCGCACCGUUAUAUAUUUCAGAAGCUUCACCUGCAAGAAUUCGAGGCGCACUUGUGAGCACAAACGGUUUACUCAUAACAGGAGGACAGUUUUUAUCCUACCUUAUUAAUUUAGCAUUUACCAAGACGCGUUUUACGUGGCGUUGGAUGCUUGGAGUUGCUGGCAUUCCGCCAAUGAUACAGUUUAUCUUGAUGUGGUCUCUACCCGAGUCGCCAAGAUGGCUUUAUAGACAAAACAAAGUGGAUGAAGCAAGAGAUAUACUAGAAAAGAUCUAUCCAGCCGAUGAAGUCGAAAAAGAAAUGAAGGCAUUGCAACAAUCCGUCGAAGAGGAAAAGCUCGCAGAAGAAUCCAUGGAAUACGGCAUCUUUUCGAAAAUAAAGAACGCAUGGGGAAACAAGGUUGUUCGUAGGGGGCUUUACGCAGGCAUUACAGUUCAAGUCGCGCAACAAUUUGUUGGAAUCAACACUGUAAUGUACUACAGCCCGACUAUUGUACAACUCGCGGGAUAUGCUUCCAACAAAACGGCUUUAGCUCUGUCGUUGAUCACUUCCGGCCUCAACGCUGCUGGCACGAUUAUUAGCAUGCUAUUCGUUGAUAGGUGUGGGAGGCGGAGAUUCAUGAUUGUUUCAAUGUUUGGAAUCAUUAUAUGUCUCGUUGUUUUAUCGUUCAUGUUUUUUCAAGCUUCGACGCAUGCUCCUCCUGUGAGCCUUCUUGAGUCGAAUCAUUUUGGAGCCAACUCUACUUGUGCCGCUUUUAGUUCGGCGCCCAAUCCGUCAUCUUGGAACUGCAUGACUUGCUUGAAAGCCUCAUCAAGUUGUGCAUUCUGUGCAGAUGGAGCUAACAAAUAUAACCCGGGUGCCUGUUUGGUUCUUGAUGACGCCACACGAGGAAGUUGUCGAGCAGAACAUCGAAGUUGGUACACCCAAGGUUGUCCAAGCAAGUUCGGGUUUUUUGCAGUAUUACUUAUGGCAUUGUACAUAAUAUCAUAUGCACCCGGGAUGGGAACCGUGCCUUGGAUUGUGAACUCGGAGAUAUACCCGUUAAGAUACCGUGGGUUUGGUGGCGGGACCGCUGCGGUUGCUAACUGGACGUCGAAUCUAAUUGUGAGUCAAACUUUCCUAACUUUGACCGAGACGUUAGGGACUGCUGGAACAUUUCUUUUGUUUGCGGGUUUUUCAGUCUUAGGACUCAUAGCUAUAUUCAUUCUUGUACCCGAGACGAAAGGGUUGCAAUUCGAAGAGGUAGAGAAGAUGUUGGAAAAGGGCGAUCGACUCAAGUUAUAUGGCAACUAUAAGCGGGAUAGCACAUAAUCUUCGUCUUAGUUAUAUACAUUUUCGUCGAAAACCAUCUUUUUAAGCUUGUUUAUGGGACUUUAGUAUUGUUUUUAUCUUGUUCAUUGUCUUUUAUUAUCAUUACUAUUAUCAUCAUCACACUAACUGGGCUGCAAAAUGUUUCCCAUGUAUUUUAGACAUUACCAAUAUCAAGUGGUUCUCCUUGACCGACCCUAUGGGGAGGAUCAUGAUGGUAAUAUAAAUAGUAAAUAUUGUUUCUAUGAAAA